AUGGUUAAAAGUUGUGCAGCUCCAAAUUGCAAAAAUCGAGCAGACAAAAGUCUGAAAAAAGGCGUAACCUUUCAUUUGUUCCCUAGAAACUCAAGAAAACGCCAAAAAUGGCUGAAACAGAUGACAGAAUGUUCAUUGUCAACAUGGCAACCUUCUGCAUUCUCUGUGAUAUGUUCAGAACAUUUUGAAGACACUUCUUUUCGAUAUCUUAAUGGAAAACGUUUGGUCAAGGAUGAAGCUUUCCCCACAAAAUUCUCAUUUUCUAAAGAAAAACCUGAAAUCGCUCAAUUAUCUCCAGGGCUUCCAAUCAAAAUGUCUUUCACCCCAACAGAAACAGAUGCCCUUAUUGAUAAGUUGACAAAAGUUGACCAUGAAUUUAAUAAUUCUAUGGAAUUUUCUGAUUCAGACCAAACUACAAGUGACAAGCAAGAUCAUCUGAACUCAAUAGUUUCUGCCUAUGGACAAGACUUUGUCAUCACAGAACAAUCUUCCCAGGUGGAUCUAGAAAAGUCAGGUGACCUGGCAGUUGAUAUUAUGUUUGAAGUUGCUAACUUUCCAAAAAGCUCUGAGCAGAUUAUUUACCCAACAGAAGCCAACCUCAGCAAAGAAGGCAUUUCUCAGUUCAUUGAAAAGGUUCAUCUGGAAAUUCUUUUUCCUAGACAUGAGUAUUCGAAGAAGAGCCUGACUUCGUUCCCUUUGAAGCAAUGA